GAGAGAGAGAGAGAGAAAGAGAGAAAGGCAAAGUUCAGUCUGAGAGAGAGAGGUCUACUGAGAGAACGUUGCUCCACUCCGGUAUAUAUAUCCAGGCUGCUACCGCACGAGACGGGACGAGAUGAGACGCGCGCGCAGUUACGGUCUGGAACGGAUAUAAGCGUGACAGGGGCAAGAAAAGUUUCGCACGCGCGCGCGGUUUACUUUCAUUUCAUUUUGACGGCACACGCGUGGAGAAUUUUUAUUUUUAUUUUUUUGGAUCAGAUGUGAAAAAUUUCGCCGAGGAAUGUUGUUUGCAAAGAUAAGACCACGAACAGUGCAAGCAUAUUUUGCAUUCAGAUUGAUUUCCUGAAAUGCCUGGAUUAAAACAACUUUUCACUGAUGCUGCAUGUUGAUGACAUGGAGAACUCUAUGAACUUGUUUGCCUGCUAAUGAUGGAUUGUGGGGUCUUUAAAUUCCUUGCCAUUACCAUGGCAUGCCAUGUAACGGUUUUGGUUCUGCUGUGCCAACUAGUGUCUGCUACGUUCUCACUGGAGAUCGGAGGUUAUGACGGCGAGUGGGGCAGACCGGCAAAAUGCGAGCUGAUCACCAUUCCCAUGUGCCAAGGAAUCGGCUACAACAUGACGCGGAUGCCCAACUUCAUGCAAUACGAUAGUCAAGAAGAGGCGAGUAUAAAACUCAGCGAAUUUGCUCCUCUGGUGGCGUAUGGCUGUGAUGUGCACCUCCGCUUCUUCCUGUGUUCCCUGUAUGUGCCCAUGUGUACAGAUGAAGUGUCCAACACUAUCCCGGCAUGCCGACCUAUGUGUGAGCAAGCAAGGCAGAAAUGCUCACCUAUUAUGGAGCAGUUCAGUUUCAGCUGGCCGGAUUCACUGGACUGUUCAAAGCUGCCAACAAAUAAUGAUCCUAAUUCACUGUGCAUUCUGGCUCCCGAGAAUGACACGGUGCCUGAGACUAGAAAAGGGGAGGGCAUGCUGCCUGUGGCCACCAGACCCAGGCAGUCCGGCAGCGGGCAUGGACAAUCAUCUGGGACUUGUGAGAACCUGGAGAAGUUCCAAUAUGUGGAAAGGAGCAAAUCAUGUGCACCACGAUGCACCCCUAAUGUGGAUGUGUUCUGGUCCAGGCAAGACAAGGACUUUGCUUUCAUCUGGAUGGUCGUGUGGUCUACGCUUUGCUUUGUCUCAACUGCGUUCACAGUCCUCACCUUCCUCCUGGACCCACAGCGUUUCCAGUAUCCUGAGAGGCCUAUUAUCUUCCUCUCCAUGUGCUACAAUGUUUACUCUGUCGCUUUUAUCAUCCGCUCUGUCGCAGGUGCUGAGAACAUUGCCUGCGACAGGGAAAAUGGGCAGCUUUACAUCAUACAAGAGGGCUUAGAAAGCACAGGCUGUACCAUAGUCUUCCUCAUUUUGUAUUACUUCGGCAUGGCCAGCUCUAUCUGGUGGGUUAUUCUCACGCUUACCUGGUUCCUUGCAGCUGGCAGGAAAUGGGGGCAUGAAGCCAUCGAGGCUCACAGCAGCUACUUUCACAUGAUCGCCUGGGGCAUCCCUGCUUUAAAGACCAUAAUCAUUCUCACCAUGCGCAAAGUGGCAGGUGAUGAGUUAACUGGACUGUGCUACGUUGGUAGUAUGGACACCAACGCUUUAACCGGGUUUGUGCUCAUCCCUCUCUCCUGCUAUCUGAUUAUCGGCACCUCUUUUGUCCUCACCGGUUUCGUUGCGCUGUUCCACAUCCGUAAGAUCAUGAAAACCGAGGGCACCAACACAGAAAAACUAGAAAAGCUCAUGUUUAAAAUCGGGAUCUUCUCUGUCCUUUACACUGUCCCGGCUACCUGCGUGAUCAUCUGCUACUUCUACGAGAGGCUUAACAUGGACUACUGGAAGUUCCGUGCUCUGGAGAGCAAGUGCGUCUCUUUUCCCGGACGUAGGGUUGAGGACUGCUCACUGGAGUCUUCAGUGCCCACUGUAGCCGUGUUUAUGCUUAAGAUCUUCAUGUCAUUAGUGGUGGGCAUUACCAGCGGAGUCUGGGUGUGGAGCUCAAAGACUCUCCAGACUUGGCAAGGCUUGUGCACCAGGAGAUUAUCGAUGAGAACAACGCAUAAACCCUGUCCCAGCAUCAACUGCAGCAGCUCUCACUGUCAUUACAAAGCGACUGCAUUCCAUGCAAACAAAACUGACUCAUGUGCAGACAGUCCCACGAGGGUUUGAGAAAUUCUUGUGGCAGUUUGGAUGUAAUUUGACAGCAAAGAAAGCGUUUAAAAGCUUCAGCCUGAGGUGAUGCAAUAAAGGCAGGUCAUGCUGUGAUGGUGGCAUGGUUUCGAAAUGUAAAUACUUGUAAUUUACAUGUUUAAAGCCGAAAUGUUUAUUUAUUACUGCUAUUUAUGUAUUGCUUGUCACUGAAUGCACUAUACUGUACGUAUCAACAGAUGCUCUGAAUACUGAGGUGUAAGAAUUAUUGUAUAUUUAAAUAUUUUUUUGGAUGACAGAACAAUAAAAUCGAUAUAUAUAUUUUUGCAAUGAUUUUGUUUAAUUAUAUUCAUUGACCCACAUGCCCUGGAUCGUGUUUGUGAAAGAUUUCCACAUCGCUCUGUUAUGCCAGCAACAGAUUAGAAA